AUGUAUAUCAUGUACUUACUGUUUAAUUACUUCUUCACAGAAGCUCGGAGGGGCCAGGAGCCUGCAUGGCUCUGCCUCCCUGCGUGUGGGCUUGGGUACCUUGCAUGUGCAGGCAGUGUCCCUCACUACUCUCUCGUUCUAGGCUUUGCCGUUGGCGUGCAGCAGCUACACCCGACGUUGGUCCAGCGGACUUAUGGGCUGACCCCUCACUACAUCUACCCGCAAGCCAUCGUGCAGCCCAGUGUGGUGAUCCCGGCCACGCCCGUCCCAUCGCUGUCCUCGCCCUACAUCGAGUACACGCCUGCCAGCCCGGCCUAUGCCCAGUACCCACCAGCCACCUACGACCAGUACCCAUAUGCCGCCUCGCCUGCCACAGCCGCCAGCUUUGUGGGCUACAGCUACCCAGCCGCCAUGCCACAGGCCCUGUCAGCCACGGCCCCCGCGGGGGCCGCUUUUGUGCAGUACCAAGCACCGCAGCUGCAGCCUGACAGGAUGCAGUGAGGGCCGUCCCCGCUGCAGGGACUGCGGUGACGUUGCCCACCCAGCAGACACAUUUGGGCCAGUGGCCGGCCGAGCUCUUGGCUCCACCAGCACCUGUGCCUCCAAGACCCCCUGGCACGUCCAGGCGGCGUCUCUUCAGGUCUAGGUCCCAUCGUGCCUUGAGGGGGACUUCAGGACGGAGUGACCAAGUAGCUGUCUGAAGAGGCGAGUGCAGGCCCCUCGCCCCUGGCCCACCCCCAGGCCUGGCUGCCCCCCACACUCCCGGUGCCGCGGGCCACGCUGACACCCUUUCCACCGAGGUGCCUUCUCAGGGAGACCUGGCAGGGAGAACCCAGGACUGUGGCCGGCUGCUGUGUGGGGACCGCCCUCCUCCUCCUCGAAGCCGCUUCCUGAGCGGGCCACCAGGUCCCCCCAGGUGCCAGUGAUGUCCUUUUCAGUGGACGCACUGCGCCUUUUCCUGUUCUUUGUUUGCUACUGAGCGAUUCCAGAAUUUCAAGUCUAUUUUUUCAACAGACACUGAUGCCACCAAGAACCCAGAACCUAACUUUGACUGAGAGACUUGUUUUUGUUGAUGGCUCCACCUAGAGAUGAUGACAGUAUUUCUGUGAUACAAUGUCUGCCGCCGGUUGAUCUGGCCCUUGGAAGGCAGGCAUCAUGGGACGAGAGGGCCCUCCUGGGCAACUGUUCACUGCCUGCUGGGCUGGUGAAGUGUGUUUGGCCACCAUGGUGAGUUCUCAGGUGUCUGUCACCACAUUGUUGCUGCGUGUCUCCCUGGGCCCUGCUCCUCCCACCUGGGAGUGCGCGCCAGCUGCUGUGGGACAGGACAGUGGCAGCCCAGCCCUCUGAGGCCCCUGCAAGGCUCUGAGUGCAGGUUCUGCGCCCACUCUCCUGUCGUCACCUGCUGCACGCAGCCCGGAACGCACCCUUCCUGCUGCUAAGAGGCGCAGUGGGGGCUUCUGGUUCGCUGUGCCAACUCCUGUGGGGCCCGGGACUAGAGGAUGAGGGGCUCCCAGCACAGAGGGGGCCCCCAGCAGGCGGGCAGCUGGGCUGUGCCUUUGCCCUACCUCAGGGAGCCGAGUGGCCGGUGUCCCAUGGCACGCCUGGAGUAGAGAAAGCCCGGAGGUGAAGGUAGCUAAUGUUAUGGUAUUUUUAUUAGAAUGUUCUGAUUAUAAAAAUAAAACUUGUUCUCUGUAA